GACGAGUCAUUCAUGCACUAGCUGAGGUUCGACACAAAUAGUUUCCGAAUAGAAAUAUUUUGACCCGAAAAUUUCCCAAAAUCUCAUUGUUGUGGAGUGGCGCUGGCAACAGUAGAGGCAUAAAGGCAUUUGAUAUUAUUCUCUGAUGGAAAAUUGCGAGUCAAUUAGUUUUUGACCAGAAUGAUAAUUUGAAUGUUUCAUUAAUUUCUGAUUAAUCAUUGAGUGCGAUUUUGGAGGAUUUUGAAGUUUUAUUCGCAGGUAUUUAAUCAGCUGUAAUUGAAUGUCAAUUACUGAUUGUUGCUGCCGCAGUGAGGGCUCUCUAACCUCUGGCCACUCAUAGUCAUUAUAAUUAAUGGGGUUCGGCGAUAAUUAACGGAAACUCUUUAGUUUUGUGGCGGUGGAAUUAGUUUUAUUCACAAUGUCGCCAGUAUUAGGAGUUUGUUUGGUGGUUUUUGUGCUUGUGUUGGUGAUUUUGAUUGCUGAACAGUUGCUCCGGAGCCGGCGAUCGAGGAGUGUGGAGGGAAAGCAUGUUGUGAUAACUGGAGGCUCCAGUGGCAUAGGAAGAUCCGUAGCCCUCCUAGCGGCUAAAAAUGGUGCUCACGUGACAAUAAUCGCUCGAAAUACGAAAAAACUCGAGGCAACGAGGAAUGAACUUCUCAUGGCUUCUAAAAAUCGAGACACUCAGAAGCACGAAAUUCUGUCAUUGGACAUAACUGUCGGCUACAAUGCCGUUGAAAAGGCCUUGAACGAUGUCGAGAGAACAAUGGGGCCUAUUUACAUGCUUGUGAAUUGCGCUGGUACCGCCAUUCCUGGCAAAGUAGAGGACACAACUCCGGACAACUUGAAGUGGAUGAUGGAUCUCAAUUUCAUGGGAACUUUCUAUUGUAUUAAAAGCGUUGUGCCGAAGAUGAAGAGCGCCAGGGAUGGAAUUAUUGUCCUAACUUCGUCGCAAGCUGCAUUACUUGGAAUUUUUGGAUAUGGUGGCUACUGCAGUUCGAAAUUCGCCCUCCGAGGUCUCGCAGAGAGUCUCGCGAUGGAAUUAAAACCCUACAACGUCUUCGUGACCCUGUCAAUGCCCCCAGACACCGACACUCCUGGCUUCGCUGUCGAGGAAUUGGCAAAACCUGUUGAGACAAAAUUAAUCUCAGGAUCCUCGGGGAUAAUCAGCCCCGACACAGUGGCUAAUCAGCUCUUGGAGGACGCCUUGUCUGGGAAAUUCUUCUCCACGAGUGGAAUCGAUGGUUUUUUGCUGACUACUCUGUGCAGUGGAAUGUCCCCAGUCUCCUCAUUUGCACAAUUGGCCCUCGAGGCACUACUCAUGGGGCCCUUCAGGCUCGUUGCCGCCUGCUAUUUAGCCUCUUUCGACAGGAUCAUCAAGAGUUGUAUGAAAAAUCGAGAUCAGAAUAAAAAAUCUGAGUGAUGAGUCGUAAUAAAUGGAUUUGUGAAUUUUUUUCUGAGUGUUAAAUUCAGAACAAAAUGUCAUGGAACUUGUUUUUACUGCGGAUGUAAUUUUUCAAAUAAGUCUGUAUGAAAAAUUACAUUUUGGAUAAAUUUUCUUCCCGUAGAAAAUGGAAUUAUGUGGGUAACGAGUGAUUUCAAGAGAAAAUGUGAAUAAAUCUUUUUUGUUGAAAAUUCAAUUCUCUGCAAAAAGUUGGUAUGACAUUUUCCUCUAAAUUCACCUACUCUCGAGACCCAUGCAUGUCGAACAUAAGUCUCAAACCUGAAUUGUUCAAUAAAUUUAGUUAUUUCUUCAUGGCUCGAGUCGUUAAGAAUGAGAUGAUCUCCGAAUAAAUUUAACCAAUCAAAGGUUCGAUUUAAUUAUGAAAAAAAGAGUUAUCUUCUCACAUUCCGCACAGAAUUGUACCUGGAAAUAAUA